AUGCUCGGCCUCAAGUCGAAGGUUGCCAGCAUCUUGCUGGGCCUGAUAUUCUGCUCCGAAACCGCACACGCCCUGUGCUACAACAUGAAUAGGCAACAGGACAGCUCUCUUCAUGAAUGUCGGAACAUGCCUGAGUACCAUCCGCACCUGUCAUGCUGCUCCGAAGACUCUGUUUGUCUUGACAACGGCUUGUGUCUGAGCGCGUCAAACAACUCGCUCGAACUCCUAUCCUACCAAGGAUGCACUUGGAAUUUCGGUGCCGGUGAGGCCUGUCCAGGUGCAGAGUACUGCCGGCUCAAAAAUACAACUGGCUACCCAUAUCCCAAGGGUACCAAAUACAACAUCAUACCUUGCUCAAAUGGCAAGUACUGCUGCUCAGUUGACGUUGUUUCUACCGACUGUUGCGCCGUUGAGGAGGACACUUUCGAAGUCAGCUUCGGGCGCGUGCGCGACUCGACGACGACCAUGUAUUCUACAUGGACAUAUACGACGACUUCAACCGAGACUGUCUGCCCGACUACGACGGAGACGCUGGCUUCCACAACGCCUGCUGCCGUGGAGUCGACGGCUACGCCUAAUGUGGCUGCCAGGUUCGGGGCUUAG